GCUAGUUUGUCUGUUUUGUUGAUUUUUUAACUUCUAAAAGGUUGUUUCCAGGCUUUCAGCUUUUUAUAUUACCCGGUGGGAGUUUUUCUUGCUUACAAUUUUGUAGGUUUUUUUUUUUUUUGCAUAGUUUUUCAAUUAAAAGAAGUCACUGUGGACAGAAAUGUUUGCUAAAGAUCCUUUUAUCCUCUGCUUGCUCUCGGUGGAAGCUUUUUUUGUUCGAUUCUUAGCUUUUAUGUCUUAUUGGUAUCUUAAUUCUUAACCUGGUUAAGGAAGAUGUUUUGACAAUGUUAUUUUCUUAAUAUCCCAAUAGAAAGAAACAAAGUCUCCUACGCCCGGGAAAUAAAAAGUCAGCAACGGAAAAGAUUCAAGUUAGUCAACGCAUGUGCCCAUCAGCCUGCCACAGUUCGAAGAAAUGAAGGCAAUUUAACAACACAAAGAAAAGCCCCAGAAAUCAGACAAAAGAACCGUCCAGAAGCUCAGCUGAUUGCAUCUCAGAGUUGCAAAAAUUUGCGCAAAAGAAUAAAAAAGAUGGGAUCUUUUAAGGGUCAUGCUUUGCCAGGAACAUUGUUUCUGUUAGUUGGGGUUUGGCACAUAUGGAGCUCUGUGGUUCGAUACGUGGCGAACCCGAAAACGUUCAGGGUUCGGGUUUGGAACCCCGUGCCUGGUUUUGACGGAAGGCUCAAGUACUUGGAGCUUUAUCUUGUUGCAAUUGGUGCCUUUAUUGAUAUGUGUAUUGAGCUUUUGUAUUCGACCCACCUCAAAUUUUUUGUGAAUGGAGUCCUGAAUCCGUCCCACAUGAAUGAUUUCGAGCACUCUGGGAUGCUCCUAAUGUUCUUCAUCUUUGGUUUGGUUGCUCUGCUCUCUGAGAAAACAAGGUUUAUUCCCUUGCCAGAAGGAGCUCUUUGUUUCGUUGCUGCCACAGCAUUCUGUGCAGAGUAUCUUCUAUUCUACUUUCACUCAACAACCCAUAAAGGACUUGAAGGGUACUACCACCUUCUCCUUGUUCUCCUGAUAGGGCUUUGCAUAAUGUCGACGCUUACUGGAGCCCUCCUACCGACAAGCUUCCCAGUUGAUUUGUGUAGUGGCAUUGCUAUAACUCUUCAAGGUCUUUGGUUCUAUCAGACUGCCUUUACUCUAUAUGGCCCCAUGAUGCCAGAUGGUUGUCGGAUUAAGGAAAGCAUGGUUUCUUGUCAAUCAAAAGAUAGCGAGGUCCGAGGUGAGUUGCUUGCAAACUUCCAGCUCUUUUCUUUGGUCGUUGGUGUCCUUGUUGCAGUUGUGGGAUCAUAUGCUUUUGCAGCUUCACGAUAUGGGCAUUCUGAACUUGGGAGUUUGCAUGCUGUUCAGGAUGGAUUAGAUCGAGAUUAGAGUAGGGUAUACAAUCUUUCUUAAGUUCCUGUUGUUUACAGUCUUCUCAAAGAGUCACGUUGAUAUCUUCUGGGUAUGAAAUUGUUUUAUUCUAUUUUCAUAUCAGUCGGAUGUGUACACCAGCAAUGUAGAGAAUUAGAAUUGCUGCUCUUUCUGACUGGUUAAAAUAAAACAAUGUUGUUGUCUAUGAAAAAUAUAUAAAAUGCUAUGUGUGUCCUUUUCCUUUGA